CUCUCUCUCUCUCUCGGUUUAACGGGGCUGUGUAUCGCGGGUAUCAGACUGGAGCAGUGAGCAGAUGCCAUCACCUGUCGCGAUGCUGAACACUGGUGCCAUGUAGAGUGCGAGCGCGCGCGUAAAGAGAUCCAGAAUGGAGUCACUCAACCGAUCCGGGUGGACGGGGCCCAUCCCAGGGGAUUACAACUCCUCCACCGGAUUUGGAUUUUCAGGAAUGUCUGCCCCAAUCGGGAAUUACAGUACCAAUGUGUCAAAUCAAAGCAUCCCGUUUCAAGGAAGCAGCACCAUGAUGACCGCCAUCAUAUCAUUAACCGUGUUUAUCGUUGGACUGACCGGCAACACAUUAGCGAUUUACGUGGUUUUACGUUAUGCUAAAAUGAAAACAGUUACUAACAUCUAUAUUUUGAACUUGGCCGUCGCUGAUGAACUCUAUAUUUUAGGUCUGCCGUUCCUUACGACUCAAAACGUACUCUCCUACUGGCCGUUCGGCUCCUUUCUGUGUCGCGCUGUCAUGACGGCAGACUCGCUGAACCAGUUUACAAGCAUCUUCUGCUUGACGGUCAUGAGCAUUGACCGUUAUUUAGCGGUUGUACAUCCUAUUCGCUCCACUAGGUGGCGCCGGCCGCGAGUGGCUAAAGCCGUCAGCGCCGCGGUGUGGGCGUUUUCGUUCGUUGUCGUUCUUCCCGUGGUCAUAUACUCUGACGUCCAAGACAAAUUUAACUCAUGCAACCUAAUUUGGCCGGAGCCGAGCGAUGUGUGGUCCACCGCGUUCAUCCUGUACACUGCCACCAUCGGGUUCUUCGGCCCCCUGCUGGUCAUCUGCUUGUGUUACCUCCUCAUUGUAGUCAAGGUGAAGUCAUCCGGCGCUCGGGCGGGAUUUACGAAGCGCAGGCGUUCGGAACGUAAGGUGACGCGCAUGGUGGUGGUGAUCGUGGUGGUGUUUGUUCUCUGCUGGCUGCCGUUCUACAUCAUCAACAUCGUGAACCUGGUCUUCAUCCUUCCGGAGAACAGCGUGAUGGCGGGGGUGUAUUUUUUCGCCGUUCUCCUGUCGUACGCCAACAGCUGCGCCAACCCGCUUCUCUACGGGUUUUUGUCCGACAACUUCAAGCAGAGUUUCCGGAAGGUCCUGUGCGUCCGGAAGGCGAAUGGCGUGGAGGACGGGGACCCCAGUGUUCCACGGACGGAGAAAACCACGACCCAGGACACCACGUUCCUUACACCGCGGAACAACGACUUUAAUGGACAUGUGUGGCCACAGCCUCAAGACACGCCUCUGAAUGUGCCAGUGACCCCGCCCUCCCACACAGCAGAACUCAGCAUCCACCCGGUGCCCUCAGUCACAACGCCUAAUCCCAGCCAUGACCUGUGACCCUGCCAGGCCGUGAGAGCCCAUCUGAACAAUGCCAGGAUAUUCUGCUGUCGGAGACAGUAUGUGAAAACAUAAAAGGAAAAAGAAGGGAAAACGGAGGAAAGAAGGAACUUUAAUGAGAGCAUUAUAGGCACAAGGGGAUUUAGAGAUUUAUAUUGCUGUCACAACUCACACACAGUUGUGAACAUCAUGUGUCCAGGUCACAUUUCACCUUAAAAAAAUAAACAAUAAUAAUUUGCAUAAAGAUUUUUUUUUCUUUUUGGACAAUUUUGUCCUGAAUAGUUUUUGCGGUAACGUCUCUAGACAUUAUCCCUAUAGAUUUGCAUUUUAGGACAAUUUAUAUUUUUACAUACAAAUAUACAGUAUAUAAAAUAUCCAUGUAUAUAUUUUAUUAUCUUUUAUUAUAUAUCUUUUAUUUCAAUUUAAUAAAAAAUCAUUAUUUGUUUUAUUUUAAUUAGUAUUGUAGAAAUUAAGACAAAUAUACUGUAACACAUUUUUUUAUGUCUAUUAAUUUAUGACAAAUUAAAGAGAGCAACAACAUGUUCUACCAUUUACAUUUUACAUUUUACAUAUCAUAUAUGUACAAAUACUGAAUACUUAGAUGCUAUUUCUGUUUUAAAUAGCCUACUGAAUUAUUAUUUAUGUUCACAGUGCAGGAAUGAGAAUGAAAAAAUGGUGAAGAAUGUGAAGUACAUGGUUAUGUGCUAUUUAAAUAACAGCAAAAAUCUGUAAUAGUCUAGUUUUUCUUGAUUUUGGGGUAACAAAUGACCUGGACAUAUUUGCAUUUUUAUCUUUUUGUUUUAAACAGAAUUUUCAUCGUUUUUAGAAUCAAAUAAUGACCUUGCUCUCAUUCUCCUUAAAUGUGACAUCAAGUGGAAAAGAUUGAGAUCUCAUUGAGCCGUCAUUGAAAUUUCACAGAGAACUGCAAUGAAAGGACACUUAAAUCGGACUUAAGCACUUAUACGCACUACUCAAAUGCUUAGUGUAUGAUGAACUAAACUGAAUCGAGUAAACUUAAACAACCAUUUCCAAAUAAUGUCCUGUCCUGUUCCUAGUUUCUACAACGCUACUUUAAUACAACUAAAGUCAUUUAUGUAUCUCAACCAGUGUUGGGUAAAUUACUCUGAAAAAGUAAUUAAUUACUAGUUACUAAUUGCAUAUUCAAUAGUGUAAUUAUAUUACUGUACAAAUUACUCUCUCCAAAAGUAUUGUUACUUAUUACUAAUUACUUUCUAUAUCAACCUUGAUUAGUUAAGUGAUUCAAGGAUAGACAUGAAAGGGCUCUUUUAAUUCAUUCAAAUAGAUAAUAUUAAACUACAUAAAGUACUCUUAUUAACUGACCAAAGUAUUACAAAUGUGAGAAUUAUAUACAUUAAAGCACAGAUUUUAAAGUUAGACUUUGAAUUUUGAUGUUAAUUCCACAUAUAUUACACAAAGUAUUAAUUUUAAUUACAUCAAAAGUAACUGUAAUUAAAUUACAGAAAAAAUAAGAGUAAUCCCUUACUUUACCUUUUCAAGGGAAAAGUAAUUCAAUUACAGUAACUAAUUACUUAGUAACUAGUUACACCCAACACUGAUCUCAACUCAAAUGGAUUAAGUAAAGUGGUUCAAAAUAAUUGUGUUGAUUGAACAAGCAUCAAAUGGUUUUUGAUCUACUUGAUUGAAACAUGUUCUUUUAAAAUGUAAACAUUUAGUUAAGCCAAAGCAUAACUGUUUUAAGUCCGUUUGACACUAUGCAAUUGUGUUUGAACAUAAAACCUAAUACAAUUGUGUUAAAACAAAAUGAAUUGUUUAAAUAAAGUGAACAGUAUAUCGUAAAAAAUUUUUUUGAGGGUAUGGCACGAUGAGAAAACCUGUUUGGCAAACAUAAAUGCAUAGGGAGUGUGUAAAAUAUAAAUAAAUCAUCUCUAUAACUGUACACUUGCAAAAUAAAACGCUAGCUUUGCUUAGCGGCAGUUUCUACAGCAAGCGGACAAAGGUGGGCGACGUAAACGGUGGGCUAUUAUUGCCAUUUUGUUUCCUUUUGUCAUUGGACUUUGAAUCACUGCAGUUGUUUUGAAAAGAGACAUAUUGACCUCCCUUACCUAAACUCUUUUAGUAACAGGUUAGAAAAAGACUGUGGAACUAUGACAUCUCUUGUGAAUGUCUUAGUAUGAUCGUCAAUUGAAACUCUUGGGAGUGUGCUAAGUGUUCUCCAGUAUAAGGUUCAAGACUGCUUUUUCUGAUCCGUAUUGAUGUAUUUAAGCCGUCUUCAUGUUCUCUGCCAAACGUAGCAAAGUGCCUUUUCAUGUUCUGGAUGACACCAUCAGCACUCGUUUAAUAACAUGAGGCUUUACACACACAACCUGGUGUGUUAGUUACUUUUUUCACCUUGUGUUGUUUAUUGAUUCACCAUUAAAUGUUUAUGAAUGUUCAUAUGAUAGAUUUAAGAAGAUGUUUUAAACAGUCAUUUGCAAUGUAUUGAUUUCAUCGCUUGAUAAGAACUCUGUCUGGCAACUUUCUAUCACCACCAGUGUCAUUUUAACCACAGCAACAGUCUUUCUUAAGCUCACAUUUGCAUUGAUAUACACAUGUGAAAAAUGUUUUAUUUACCAAAAAAGACAAAAGAGGUUGCUGAAUAUGUCAAGUGCGCAUCUUUUGUGCGCGUCUCAGAUCUUCAAUGUGGUAGGUCGGUGACCUUUCUUGUGAGGGAGUUACUGUGUUUGUUUGCUUUGUGCGUAUACACGUGUGUAUUUAGCUGUUUAUAAGAAUGUGUAUUGUGUUUUUAGUGCUGAUUGUGCCUGCAAAAUAUACUUUAAAGACACCUGUAAUCCAGCAGGCUUGUUUUAAGCCCCAUCCUGUCUCUCCGAAUGCCUUUUUACAAGAUAGCCUAAUAUAUUUAUUUAUUUAGUGUAGAAGAGUUGCUUAAAAACAUUUCAUGUGCACAAUUAUUAUUUUUAGCAUUAUUACUAUUGCCAUUAAUUAUGUAAAGGAUCACGCUUUAUCUUGCAUUUAGUUGUUAUACUGUAGGUCAUUCUUAGGAAACUUUGCCAUGUGUGCUAUAAAAUCACACGUUUUUUUAUUGCAUUCAUUUUUUCAAUUUGAAAAAGUAUCUUUACCGCAUAUUGAAAUUGUGAUGGGGCCCAUAUAGCGCACAAAUGGCCCAAUUUUCUGAAAAUGACACUUCUAAUCACACUUAUGAAACGCAUUUACACUAGGAAAUAGAUUGAAGUCAUCUUAAAUUGCUGAAAUGUUCUAGGGAGUGUGUGUAAAGAGCAGACCCUCAUGAGAAAUGCACACACGUGGCUGCCGUCGUAAAACACGUGAAAUCAAGCACCAGACCUUGUUAAGUGAAAAUAAAAUAUUUGAGUUGUAUAUUAAAUGUUUUUAUCUUAAUAAAAAUGUAUUCAU